UGAAUCUUUUUAAUGACACACCAUAUUAUAUAGAAUUAAAACACAAGGGUUUUAAGCCUUUUUUGGCAAAAUAUAUAUUUUUAACAGCAAGAAAACCUCCUGAAGAUGCAUAUAAUUUUGGUAGAACACAAAAUUAUGAGGAAUCAAUUUAG